AUAACUUGAUUUCUUUUCUCUCCACUAGACCUAAAACACAAUGUGGUCAUUCAACAUCCCAUUGUCACUCGUUUAUGUCACGGUAUUAGCCAUAUUUCACUCUUGUGACGCUCAAAAUUCACCCCAAGACUAUCUUGCGGUUCACAACAACGCCCGUUCCCAAGUUGGGGUCGGGCCAAUGACUUGGGAUGCCGGCUUGGCAUCCAAAGCACAAAACUACGCUAACUCAAGAAGGGGGGAUUGCAACUUGAUUCAUUCUGGUGCAGGGGAGAACCUUGCCAAGGGCAGCGGCGACUUCACGGGGAGGAAGGCCGUGGAGUUGUGGGUGGCAGAGAAGGCUGACUACAACUAUGGGACCAACAAAUGUGCUGCCGGGAAACAGUGUGGACAUUAUACUCAAGUAGUCUGGCGCAAAUCAGUUAGACUAGGUUGUGGUCGGGCUCGUUGCAAUAAUGGGUGGUGGUUUAUUUCUUGCAACUAUGAUCCUCCAGGCAACUACGUCGGACAACGUCCUUACUAAAAGUGUGUGUUACUUAAUAAAAUUCCCAUCUUCGCAUCUUAGAUGUCAAGGGGUUAGAUAGACUCCUAUCUUAGAUGUUUAAGGGAUUAAAUGGGCACCUAUAAUUAGUACUAUUUCCCUUUGGUAUUGCUCGUAUGAAUAAUUCCAUGUAUCAUAUUUUCAUGGUAUAGUACGCUUAAGUUUAUAAUUAA